AUGGAGGAGGCUGUGUCAGCCAUGGUCAUUGAGGAGAGCAGACUGCGGAUGAUGAGUAGUAACAAUCCUGUAAAGUCGGCCUACACCACAGUGGUGGAGAGGAAGUGCUACAACUAUGGAGAGGAGGGACACUUGAGCUACAAUUGUCCUCUUCCUAAAACCUAUGGUGGUAGGAGUGGAACUCAUGGAGGUCGUGGUGGUGCUCGUGGUGAUCAAGGAGGAGGCCGUGGUGGUCAUGGAGGAGGACGUGCAGGGGGACGUGGCAGAGGCCGUGGUGGUCCUCAAGCCAAUGCUGCUACCAUGGAGAGUGGUCCUCAAGUCAAUGUUGUUGUCGUAGAGGAGGUUCCAUCUCUCACCUUAACUGAGGAGCAGGUCAAGCAAUGGGAACAAUGGCAGAGGAUGAAAGCAUCUAAAAUCUCCAAAACUACUCUAGUUGGUCCUGUGAUUGCCACCACCAAUCACUUUGGUAACUUUGCCAACUAUGCCCACUUGGGCAAAGGAGAAGAGGGCGGGAAGAGUGAUUGGGACUGGAGUCAGGAUGUGGAUAAAACCAAACUUGUGUGUGAUGCCUGUGAACUUGGGAAGCAUACAAGAUCAACUUAUCCUAGUAUUGGUCUUCGUAGUUGUGAACCUUUUAUGUUAAUACACUUCGAUGUUUGGGGUCCCUGCUCAGUUACAUCUUUGAGUGGAUUUAAGUGGUUUGUCACCUUUAUUGACUGCUAUACCCGUAUGACAUGGAUUUACAUGCUUAGGGUGAGUGUGGUAAGUAGGUAUAUGCAUGAUCCUAGAACAAGGCAUAUGGAGGUGGUUUACAGAAUUUUGAGGUACCUGAAGGGAACCCCUGGGAGAGGGUUAUGGUUCAGGAAGAAUAGGCACCUAGAUUUGGAGGGAUACUAUGAUGCGGAUUGGGCAAGUAGCAGGGGCGAUAGGAGGUCUACCUCCGGUUAUUGUGUGUUUGUGGGAGGCAAUCUUGUCUCAUGGCGAAGCAAGAAGCAAGUGGUUGUGGCUCGGUCUACGGCAGAGGCCGAAUAUAGGGCAAUGGCAUUGAGCCUGUGUGAGAUGUUGUGGUUAAAAGGCUUGUUGAAAGAGCUGCGGCUAUUGAAAAAUGAGACCAUGAUGCUUCAUUGUGACAAUGUUGUUGUAAUUAAUAUUGCAAACAAUCUAGUCCAAUUGGACCGCACUAAGCAUGUGGAGAUUGAUAGAUUCUUCAUCAAGGAGAAGCUAGACAAUGGGGUCCUAAGGCUAAAGUAUGUAAAAUCACAUAGUCAAAUAGUGCAUUGUUUCACAAAGAGUCUAGGACCUAGUGAGAAUGAGCUGAGUUGUAACAAGAUGGGAAUGUGA